GCGGCUGUGCGCCCUCCGUGCGUCACACUCCUCUGCUGCUCAGUGUGCAGGGCAGACAGCAGCGUCUAGGAGAAAGGAAGAGAGAGGAAAGAUGUCCGGUAUCAUGUUUCUGUCGGUGUCUCUGAGCUUAAGCUUGUUGUGGGUGACCGGAGGCUCGGCGCGGAGCGGGACUGUGAUCCUGCGGGACGCACUGGAGGGGAACCCGGUCAGUCUCAACGACAUGUUCCGAGAGGUGGAGGAGCUGAUGGAGGACACUCAACACAUACUGGAGGAGGCUGUGGACCAGAUAACUACUGAGAGUGCAAAAUCCUCUCUAACAUCGCUGGAUCUGAUUCCUAACUUCCACAAUCAGACAAGCAGGACCACAAAGGAUGGAGACGGAGUGGUUCAGGUCCUCGAUAGAGUUGAUAAGGAAACUAAUAAUGAAACAGGAGAGAGUCAUCUUUCACACACUCACAUAGAGCUGUCUGGCCAGUGGAACUCAGUGGAUCACGAAUGCAUGGUGGACGAGGACUGUGGUGAUCUGAAAUACUGCCUGUAUGAGAUAAAGGACUCCAAGUGCCUCCCCUGCAUACCAACAGAUAUGCCCUGCACUAAAGAUGAGGAGUGUUGCUCGGAGCAGAUGUGUGUGUGGGGUCAGUGUACGGUCAAUGCCACCCAAGGAACAGAGGGAACUAUCUGUCAGGGUCAGAGUGACUGCAGGCCAGACCUCUGCUGUGCCUUUCAAAGAGAGCUUUUGUUUCCAGUGUGUAAUCCCAAACCACAGAAAGGGGAACCCUGUCUGAGCAACCCCAACCUGCUGAUGGACAUGCUGGCCUGGGACCAGGAAGGUCCGAGUGACCACUGCCCCUGUGCCGACAAUCUCCAGUGCCAACCUCACAGACGUGGAUCUGUCUGUGGAGAGUAGUACUGGAGAUGGAGAGGCGCAUGAGGAAGUUAUACAUAACCCUGAUCAUGAACUGCACUAACAUCCUUACUGUGCAUUAACCAAAGAGCAGCCCUCCUGCUGAGCAUCAGUUUAUUAAAGAACAAAAUGUUG